AUGCUGACAACGGUUUUGCUACUAUUCGUGUUGCUGACGACGACCUCCUCUGCUGAUACUAAACCGCCUCACAUCAUUUUCAUACUCGCCGACGAUAUGGGCUGGAAUGACGUCAGUUUUCACGGGUCAGAUCAAAUCCCCACGCCAAACAUGGACGCACUGGCUUACCAUGGGAUCAUUCUCAACAGCCACUAUGUCCAGCCACUCUGCACGCCGUCCAGGGCUGCCUUAAUGACGGGAAAGUAUCCCAUACGCACAGGCCAGCAGGGUAUUCCUAUGGACGAGUUCGAGGGUCGCGGCCUGGCCCCUGGCACGCUGCUGCCUGGAUACCUGAAGGAGCUGGGCUACGUGACGAGGGCCGUCGGCAAGUGGCACCUGGGCUUCCACGAGGUGGAGCUCACGCCCACCUACCGCGGGUUCGACUCCUACCUGGGCCACUGGGGCGGUUCCAUCGGCUACUUCGACUUCAUCGCCCAGAGGACGCCCGAAGACAAGGAUCUGAACGGCUACAUCCUGUGGAAGAACCUGACGACGGCGUGGGAGCUCGCCGGCCGCUACUCCACGGACGUCUACACGGAGGAGGCGGAGCGGCUCAUCCUGGAGCACGACACGGAGAGGCCGCUCUUCCUGUACUUGGCGCACCAGGCCUGCCACUCGGGGAACCCCGCCGCCCCCGUCACCGCGCCUCAGGACGCCAUCAACAAGUUCCUCUACAUAUCGGACCCCAACAGGCGCAUAUACGCAGGCGUUGUGUCCAAACUGGAUGAAUCGGUGGGGCGUGUAGUGGCUGCGCUUCAACAGCGGGGAAUGCUGGAGAACUCCAUCAUCGUGUUCACCCCGGACAACGGAGCACCCUCAACUGGCGGAACUGCCAACUGGGGAUCAAACUACCCCUUCAGAGGUUUGAAAGCGACGCUGUGGGAAGGCGGCGUGCGAUCCCCGGCCCUGGUGUGGAGCCCGCUGCUGCAGAACACGCCCAGAGUGUCCCACCAGCUGAUGCACGUCACCGAUUGGCUGCCCACGUUCUACGCUGCUGCAGGAGGGAAUGUUUCGUCACUCCCUGAAGACCUGGACGGUGUCAACUUGUGGGACGCUCUCGUAACGAAUGGAGAGUCGCCGCGCACAGAGGUGCUGCUCAAUGUAGACGAGAGGGCCGAGAACGGAGGAAUUCGCAUUGGCGACUGGAAGCUCGUAAAAGGAGUCCAGAACAACGCCGCUGGUACCGGCUACCUGGGGGCGACUGGUGCGGAGAACAACCGCUCCACGCCGGCCUACGGCCCAGAUCAGGUGUUGGCCAGCCCGGCGGGUCAGGCGGUGUCCAGUGUGCUGGGAGGGUCCACCUCUCCUGAGGACAUGCUGCGGCUGCGCGCCCAGGCCACCGUGACCUGUCCGGACCGCCCGCAGACGCCGCUCUGCCAGCUUCUCAACGCAUCCGACGUCUGCGUCUACAACAUCACCCAGGACCCGUGCGAGGCUGGAGACGUGGAGGUACCCGAGGACGUCGUCAACACGCUGCUGGAGAGACUAGAGGAGUUCAGGCAGCAGGUGGUACCUCAGGAGGAGUCCAAUAGCCAACCUGACAUAUCGGACCCUGCGCGCUGGAACUAUACUUGGGUGCCGUCCUCUGCAAACAAUUCUGAGCCACAUAUCUUUGCAGGAGGGAAUGUUUCGUCACUCCCUGAAGACCUGGACGGUGUCAACUUGUGGAAGGCUCUCGUAACGAAUGGAGAGUCGCCGCGCAAAGAGGUGCUGCUCAAUGUAGACGAGAGGGCCGAGAACGGAGGAAUUCGCAUUGGCGACUGGAAGCUCGUAAAAGGAGUCCAGAACAACGCCGCUGGUACCGGCUACCUGGGCGCGAGUGGUGCGGAGAACAACCGCUCCACGCCGGCAUACGGCCCAGAGCAGGUGUUGGCCAGCCCGGCGGGUCAGGCGGUGUCCAGCGUGCUGGGAGGGUCCACCUCUCCUGAAGACAUGCUGCGGCUGCGCGCCCAGGCCACCGUGACCUGUCCGGACCGCCCGCAGACGCCGCUCUGCCAGCUUCUCAACGCCUCCGACGUCUGCGUCUACAACAUCACCCAGGACCCGUGCGAGGCUGGAGACGUGGAGGUACCCGAUGACGUAGUCAACACGCUGCUGGAGAGACUAGAGGAGUUCUGGCAGCAGGUGGUACCUCAGGAGGAGUCCAACAGCCAACCUGACAUAUCGGACCCUGCGCGCUGGAACUAUACUUGGGUGCCGUGGACCACCUGUAGCGCUGAUAGCUCGCUCUCUUUCUGUAAUGUUGUAGAAUGA